AUGGUUAAUACUUCAAAAUCUAAACAAAAAAUUUCUAGAUAUCGAAAUUUUAAAACAGCAGCCUAUACUGAUGAAAAAACCCUGCAGAAAAUCGAAAAAGACGGUAAUUUAACUAGACUUGUCUAUAAACAAUUAAAAACCCAAAAAGGUACAAAUGAAAUCAUAAUCAAAAUGAAAGGCGCUUCAAGAUUUAUAUAAAAAACAAAGUGUGAACGCCAAGAAGUAAAAUAGAUAAACAAACUUCGAAAUAAACAAAUCUAUGCACUAAUACUAGCUGUUGUAGAGGAACGUGCUAGCUUUAAAAAGACAUUUCUAUUAUAAUUGCAGUUCUUCUAACCUAACAUCAGAUCUGUAUGAACUGUCCUAGCCCUAGCUAUAGUAUAAGAACGCUCUGAAACACAGGGAACAGAUAGAACAGGGUAGCUUUAGAGGUUGAGGCAGGCUAAGACAGAUUUAAGUUAAAGAUAGUAGAGUAGGCCUGGUUCCCAGGACAGGUUUAGCCGAAAUUCACACGAAAUUGAGCUAAUCUGACGCUCAUGCUCAUGCUCAAGAUCAGGCUUAAGCUCAAGAUCAAGCUCAAGCUCAAGCUCAGGCUCAGGCUCAGGCUCAGGUUCAGGUUCAGGCUCAGGCUCAGGUUCAGGUUCAGGUUCAGGUUCAGGCUCAGGCUCACGCUCAGGCUCAGGCUCAAGCUCAGGCUCAGGCUCAGGCUCAGGCUCAGGCUCAUGCUCAUGCUCAUGCUCAUGCUCAUGCUCAUGCUCAUGCUCAUGCUCAUGCUCAUGCUCAUGCUCAUGCUCAUGCUCAGGACCAUGCUCACGCUCAUGCUCAUGCCGAAGCUCAAGCUCAGUCGCACGCUUAG